UCAUUCAGAUUUGUUUGUCCUACAGGCAACUGGAUGGAAUAGCAGUCCUGUCCUCUCUUCCUCUUCUCCGUUCUCCCCUCUCUUCUGGGUAGUCACUUGAAGGAGGCAGACACGGAGCACCAGUGAACCUACUCACGGGACACACACGCACCCACAUACACACUCACACCCACGGACAGAUAGAGUGAGAGUGUGUGUGUGUGAGAGAGAGAGAGAGAAGGAGGUUGAAGCUGUCUUCGGUGGGACCAGGAUAACCUUUGGACCUACUGGCACCUGGCACCAACAGUCUCAAGACGGACUAAGAGGUUUCUCUGCUGACUUCACUGUCUUAUGGAGAAGAGCCAGUUGAUUUCUGUGGAAAUUCAGAAGGAGGUCUCAGAUCUGAUAACGGCAAAGGUUUUACUGAAUAACAUUUGUUAGACUAAUAGGUUUUUUUGGUCUGGGUGUUUUUUCUCUCCUCCCAGACAUCAUGGGGUGGCCACAGGGUCAUGUGACCUGGCCAGUGGAGUCAUCAUCAGGCAAGGUGACGGCCACGACAACACUGGCUCUUCUGCUCGUCUUCCUCAGCGCCGUAUCCCCCUUCUCUACCCCACAACCCAGAGUCUUCCUCACUUUUACUGACCUCCAGGCGUCCCAGUCCUUUGAGUACUACACUCUGUCUGAGAAGCCCAUGGACUACCGGAUCCUGCAGAUGGACGAGGACCAGGACCGGAUGUACGUGGGCUGCAAGGACCACGUCCUGUCCAUGGACAUCAACAACAUUACGCAAGGCACGCUCAAAGUGUUCUGGCCCGCCUCCGUCAGCAAGAUCGAGGAGUGCCAAAUGGCGGGCAAAGACCCCACGCAUGGCUGUGGAAACUUCCUCAGGGUCGUUCAGCCUUUCAACAGGACCCAUCUGUUUAUCUGUGGGAGUGGAGCGUACAGCCCUGUUUGUGCCUACAUCAACAGAGGUCGCCGGCCAGAGGAGAAGGUCUUCCAGAUUGCCUCUCGGGCUGAAUCAGGGAAGGGAAGAUGUUCUUUCAACCCGCAGGUCAACACAGUCUCUGUCAUGCUGAACCAGGAGCUCUUCUCUGGCAUGUACAUUGACUUCAUGGGCACGGACGCCGCUAUCUUCCGGAGCCUGACCACCAGGAACGCGGUGAGGACUGACCAACACAACUCCAAAUGGCUGAGUGAGCCCAUCUUUAUCGAUGCCCAUUUGAUACCGGACGGGUCAGACCCGAACGACACCAAGCUCUACUUCUUCUUCCGCGAGCGGCUGACGGACAACAGCGGCAACACCAAGAGCAUCCACACCAUGGUGGCGCGCGUGUGUCCGAAUGACACUGGCGGUCAGCGAAGUCUGGUAAAUAAGUGGACCACCUUCUUGAAGGCCCGGAUGGUGUGCUCAGUGCUGGAGGAAGAUGGCACGGAGACCCACUUUGACGAGCUUGAGAGUGUGUUUUUGCUGGAGGCUGACAACCCCAAAGGCCUCCUUGUGUUUGGCGUCUUCACAUCCACAAGCUCUGUGUUUAAAGGGUCAGCCGUGUGCGUGUACAACAUGGCCGACAUCCUGACCGUCUUCAAUGGGCCGUUCGCCCACAGGGAGGGCCCCAACUUUCAGUGGGUGGCUUUCCAAGGACGCAUCCCCUACCCAAGGCCUGGCACAUGUCCUGGUGGAGCUUUCACACCUCAUGUCCAGAGCACCAAAGAGUUUCCUGAUGACGUGGUGACGUUCGUCAGGAACCACCCUGUUAUGUUCAAUCCCAUCUACCCCGUGGGCAGGAGGCCGUUGCUGGUGCGAACACACGCUGACUACAAAUACACCUCCAUCGCCGUCGACCAGGUCACCGCAGCAGAUGGCCAGUACCAGGUCCUCUUCCUGGGCACAGACAAAGGCACAGUACAGAAGGUGAUCGUCCUGCCCACAAAUGGUUCCCUGGACGAGGAUCUGAUUCUGGAGGAGCUGGAAGUGUUUAAGAAUGGAGCUGCCGUGACCAAUUUGCAGAUCUCAUCCAAAAAGCAACAGCUAUACGUGAGCUCGGAACAUGGCGUGUCCCAAGUGUCCCUGCACCGUUGCCAUGCCUACGGCUCGGCCUGCGCCGACUGCUGCUUGGCCAGGGACCCCUACUGCGCCUGGGAUGGAAUGACCUGUUCUCGCUUCUACCCCACGGGGAAAAGGCGCAGUCGGAGACAGGACAUCAUCCACGGCAACCCACUAACCCAGUGCAGAGGGUUCAAUCUCAAGGCGUACAGAAAUGCGGCGGAGUUGGCCCAGUACGGGAUCAGGAACAACACCACUUUCCUGGAGUGCAUGCCCAAGUCACCGCAGGCCUCCAUCAAGUGGCUCAUCCAGAGAGACAACGACCGGCGAAAAGAGGUGAAGCUAAGUGACCGCGUGGUCUCCACAGAGCACGGCCUUCUCAUCCGCUCGGUGCAGCCGUCUGACCAAGGCCUCUACUACUGCUUGACCACCGAGAACGGCUUCAAGCGCACCGUGGCCAAGCUUCGCCUGCGCGUGCUGAGCGAGACGCUGGUCAGCGCGCUGACCACCAAGCAGCAGUCGCCCUGGGGCUGGGCAGCGCUGCACCCCAAGGCCCUGGUGUCGGCCUUCACGCCGGCCGACGCGCUCGCCGUGCAGCAGUACUGCAAGGAGCGCAAGCAGCUCCAGAGUCUGGUCCCCGCCGGGGCCUCCGUCUCGGUCGCCAGGGGCGACAUGGGCAAGCUGGGCAAGCUCAAGCCGCUGCUGGACCGCACCAAGAGCCGCAACCGCCGGAACCACCUGCCCCUGGAGUAGAUGGUGGUGUCGGGGAAGGGAUGGAGGGAGGGGGGGUGUUGGGGUGGAGAGAGAAGUAGAGGAGGAGGACAAAGGGAGCGGUUGUGGGGGGGAGAGAAAAUGACUGACCGAGCAUCUGGGGUAUGCCUUUGGGUAUGUUGUGCUCCAAUGGACUUCUUUUAGACAUUUAUGUUCCGGGCUGCCCCUGACUGCAUUGGGCCCACACAUUUGGGGGAGUCAUGAUGGCACUGAAGAGAGAGAGAGAGAGAGAGAGAGAGAGAGAGAGAGAGAAAGAGAGAGAGAGAGAGAGAGAGAGAGAGAGAGACAGAGAGAGAGACAGAGAGAGCGAGAGAGAGAGAUGUGCUUCCUUCAAUGCCUCUACAGUAGUCUUACGUGCAUGAGGUACUCAGUGACUGUGACCUAUGCCAACACAGACACUCACACACACACACACACACACACACACACACACACACACACACACACACACACACACACACACUCACUCACUCACUCACUCACUCACUCACUCACUCACUCACUC